CAUUUCUGCUUUACUCGGGACAUGAAAUCCGUAUUUUAAAGGCGUUGAAAACUUUAUUCCAGCCCAAGAUGACGGUGGAUUUUGAAGAAUGUAUUAAGGAUUCACCCCGGUUUAGGGCAAAUAUCGAUGAGGUGGAGACAGAGGUUGUGGAGAUCGAGGCAAAACUAGAUAAGCUGGUGAAGCUAUGCAGUGGGAUGAUUGAGGCGGGGAAGGCGUAUGUCAGCGCCAACAAGCUCUUCGUCAACGGCAUCCGGGAUCUGUCUCAGCAGUGCAAGAAGGACGAGAUGAUCUCGGAGUGCCUGGAAAAAUGCGGUGAAAGCCUCCAGGAAAUCAUCAACUACCACAUGAUCCUGUUUGAUCAAGCUCAGCGGUCUGUAAAGCAGCAGUUGCACAACUUUGUGAAAGAGGACGUUCGUAAAUUCAAGGAGACAAAGAAGCACUUUGAUAGGGUGCGUGAGGAUAUGGAAAUCGCGCAGGUGAAGAACGCUCAGGCGCCGAGGAACAAGCCUCACGAGGUCGAAGAAGCCACCGGCACCCUCAGCAUCACCCGCAAGUGCUUCCGACACCUCGCUUUGGACUACGUACUGCAGAUUAACGUCCUGCAGGCGAAGAAGAAAUUCGAGAUCCUCGAUGCUAUGCUGUCGUUCAUGCACGCCCAGUACUCUCUGUUCCAGCAGGGCUACAACCUGCUGGAUGAGAUCGACCCGUACAUGAAGAAACUGGCUGCUGAGCUGGAUCAGCUGGUGAUUGAUUCAGCCAUGGAGAAGAGGGAAAUGGAGCAUAAACAUGCAACCAUUCAGCAGAGGACCCUCCUGCAGGACUUUUCUUAUGACGACUCAAAGGUGGAGUUCAAUGUGGAUGCUCCUAACGGCGUGGUGAUGGAGGGCUACUUGUUCAAGAGGGCCAGCAAUGCCUUUAAGACCUGGAACAGACGGUGGUUCUCCAUACAGAACAGUCAGCUGGUCUAUCAGAAGAAGCUCAAGGACUCUCUGACGGUGGUGGUGGAAGACCUGAGGCUGUGCUCCGUUAAGCCGUGUGAGGACAUCGAGAGGAGGUUCUGCUUUGAGGUCGUCUCCCCCUCCAAGAGCUGUAUGCUGCAGGCUGAGUCUGAGAAGCUAAGACAAGCAUGGAUCCAAGCAGUUCAAGCUAGCAUUGCCUCAGCCUACAGAGAGAGCCCAGACACCUACUAUAUUGAGCAUCUGGACAGAACAGCCUCUCCGUCCACCAGCAGUAUCGAUUCGGCCAGCGAGCCGCGGGAACGCAGCGUCCGAGGAGAGACCAUCCUGCAGCGGAUCCAGUGUCUGCCGGGGAACGAGCAGUGCUGCGACUGCGGCCAGGCCGACCCUCGCUGGGCCUCCAUCAACCUGGGCAUCCUGCUGUGCAUCGAGUGCUCCGGCAUCCACAGGAGUCUCGGAGUUCACUGCUCGAAGGUUCGCUCACUAACACUGGACUCAUGGGAACCAGAGUUAUUGAAGUUAAUGUGUGAGCUUGGAAACAGUGUCAUCAACCACAUCUAUGAAGGCUCAUACCAAGAACAAGGUCUAAAGAAACCAUUGCCGUCCAGUUCAAGGCAGGAGAAGGAGGCUUGGAUUAAGGCGAAGUACGUGGAGAAGAAGUUCCUGAAGAAGCUGUGCGCCACAGAGAUUCUCAUCAACGGAGAGAGGAAGUCGGAGCGGCGGUGGAGCGUGAAGAAGUGUCGGAGACACAACAGCGCCACCACGGUACCUAAAACACGGAGAAGAUACCGGCAAGAUCCUGGAAGCACCUCCCCUUCCACCCUCUCCGCAGCAGCUGCUAAGUUCAGACGAGACUCCCUGUUUUGUCCUGAUGAGCUGGACUCUCUCUUCUCCUACUUUGACACAGGAUCUGGGCCUCGAAGCCUAAGCAGUGACAGCGGGUUGGGAGGCAGCACAGAUGGCAGCACAGACAUCCUGGUGUUUGGCUCUGUGGUGGACAGCGUCACAGAGGAGUGUGAGGUGUCGGAGGACUCGAGUGGUGAAGCUGAGCUGGAGGCUGAGCCGGAGACGUCAGACCCGGAGGACAUGAGGGACCUUCAUCCCGGCGCGCUGCUCUACAAAGCCUCGAAAGCCCGAAACCUGCCUGUCAUGGCUGAAGCGCUAGCCCACGGGGCGGAUGUCAAUUUGGUCAACGACGAGGACGAAGGAAAGACGCCCCUCAUACAGGCAGUGAUUGGGGGUUCGUUGAUCGCCUGCGAGUUCCUGCUGCAGAACGCCGCCGACGUCAACCAAAGAGACGCGAGAGGGAGGGGCCCCCUGCAUCACGCCACAUAUCUGGGACACACGGGGCAGGUGUGUUUAUUCCUAAAAAGAGGAGCUACACAGAAUGACGGGGACGAGGACGGCCACGACCCUUUGAGUAUAGCUGUACAGCAAGCCAAUGCAGAUAUCGUCACGCUGUAUGUCGAUCCGUGCGCACGCUUUCCACAAUUAUUCUCCGCCUUUGAUUAUUUUGUUAAAUUCUGCUCCUCCUCCCCUCUGUUCUUCCUCCUUUCCGUCAGGCUGCGUCUGGCCAGGAUGAAUGAGGAGAUGCGGGAGUCGGAGGGACCCUUCGGACAACCAGGAGACGCCACAUACCUCGACAUCUUCCGGGAAUUUUCCCACAUGGCGUCCCACAACCCAGAGAAGCUGAAACGAAGGAGCGUGCACUUCCGGCACUCCUUCAGGUAGUCCGCCAAGCGUCCUCGGAGGAGCGACAUCACAUACUUGAAAAGUGCAGCAGCCACUUUCCAUAAGCAGUCACAGCUGGAGGAUGCUUCAGUUCAACAAGGGAUCACGAGCUUGAAAUUUGAACCACUUGGAGAAGCCUGAUAGAGGAAGGAUCACAUACUCAUCAUAACAAGUUACCCACCUGUUUUAUUCCUCAGAGAAAUUUACAAAUUCGCCUUAAAAGUGCAGCAAAGUGAAGAAAUUGUGGCAAUUUUGUGAAGCUGUUCAUUAUGAUUCAGUGUUUAGAAUAGCUGCAUUAUAUCUGUGCUGUUCUUAGAUCAAGCUUUUAUUUUGAAAUGAGGAUCUGCUGGUCUUUUCCUCUCUGCUUUUGUACAGCGUUACAUGAAACUUUUUAAUAAAAUGCCGAGCACUUGUUUUCUUUUUCUUAUUUUUUUUAUAUGAAUUUGUUUUGCUGCAUCAGUUUCAUCAUCCUGAUCAAAAUGUUUGAUUCAUUGAAGGACUUUGAUCAAUAUUUUACAUAAAUACAUUGUUCUGUUUGUCAUGCAUGCAUUUACUCCCAUUAUAUUUCAUACUUAAACUUGAAUUCAGUGUCAUAUCAUCAUUAAUUAUCAUCAACAUCAACACCUUGAAGUGGCAGUGUUAUUUCUCAUGAUGAGCAGUUUAUUUUGUUGUGAAACGUGUCUUCUCUUUUGCGUUGACUAUGCUGGUGUAGUCUUCAGAAUAUUUUUGUUUAAAUGUACUUUGCAGUACCACUAUGAAAUGCAGUGCUUAUGUUACUGUGUACAUGCUGUAGAAGCAAAAGUGCUAAUAUAUCUGAGUGAGCAGGGAUACUGAAAAUAAACAUUGUCUGUGUUUCU